CCUCCCCACGGUCGCCAUGACACCUCAAGUUCAACUUUGACCUGUGACGCAUUUUUCUACGGCAGCCGGAGAGGCUCAAACCCGCUGCGUUCAGGUCGCGUGCUGCAGGCAGCAGUAGUUCUGCUAAACCAGCAGUGAAGGAACUCUGCAGAGGAACUCCGUGAUUAUGCUCUCUUCGUUAUUUCCUCCAAAGCUCAGACACUGACAGUAAGUCAUCAGAGGUUGAGAGAGGACAUCAUCAUCAUCAGGACACAAACUGGACUGCUCUUUAAAAUGUUGUUUUUGAAGGACUGCUAAUAUCCAGGCGGGACAGAUGGCUCUCGAGAAAUUCAGCGAUGUGGUCCAGCUGUGUCAAGCCCUUCCAGAGAGCAGCUACACUGCUGAACACCACGACGCUUUUACAGCUGCAGGAAGAGCCUGCAUCCAGGAAGGACACUGCACCAAUGUCCUCAGUAUUCUCCUGGAUGAGAAGAACCAGGAAAUUGUGAGGUGCAUGGGCUGGACCCUGCUGCCUCCGCUGAUUCAGCUGCUGCUGAAGAAAGAAGACAAGAACUUACCUCAGUGGCUGGCCAUCUUUACCCACCUGCUGGAGAGCUGUAGACCUAAAGAGCUGUUGAUCGGGCUGCUGGAGCAGCUGGAGCACAGUGAUCCUCACACCACAGCCGAGAGCCUCCAUCUGCUGCUGAAGCCUCUCCAGAAAGUGCUGCUGCGUCUGGGCAGCCGGAAGGCCUCCUCUCUGGGCAUGACCCUGUCCUCCGUGCUGGACCAGCUGGCCAAGCUGCCCCUCCCUCUCACAAAGGAAGAGGACAGCGACGAGUUCUCGCUCUGCUGCGUGGAGCUCAUAGACUUUGUCAGGCCCUUCUUCCAGGAGGCCAGACAAAGUCUGAGCAGUGAGACGGGACGGUCCUGCGGGCUGGAGGACGAGCUGCGGGCGGAGCUUCUGAAAUUCUGCAUGAAGACGCUGAGUCACCUGCUGUUGGAGGUGCAACUCAGGGAUCCAGACGAGCUCACCGUGUCUCCACUCAGGACCUUUGCCACGGAGAUUCUGGAUGGUCUGACUGCAGUGGGGGAGCACCUCCACAGUCUGGUCUUCCAGCCUGUGUUGAAGAGGAAGCAGGUUCCAGGCUUCCUGGAGGAGGAAGUGCGUUACCCUAAGGCUUCUUUGGCAGGCGUGGCUCACCUGGUGUUCGUGCAUCACCUGGCUGCAGACAGCUUCCCCAGCGUUUUUAGUCCCGUGUUCUGUCUGCGGUGUAACAUGGAGCACAUCUUCCUCCUCCUGUCCAGUGCAGAAGAUCCAAAGCUUCAAAAAGGUCUGGAGCUGUAUGAGAAGAGUCUGGUGCGUCUGGAAGACAGCUGUCUACCAGCAGAUCUCCUGCAGAUCAAAACCUUCCUCACUGUCCCACAGAACAUGGUGAAGAUCAUGACGCUGUCUCCUCGGCAUGAUCUGAGGACUAAAGGACUGAAGGUCUUCCAGCUGAGCAUCGACAAGUUUGACACUGAAGCCAAGUACAGGCUCUUCCAGUACAUGCUCAGUACUAGUAAUCACUCAGGAGUCGAGGGAUACAUCAUUAAAAACAUCCGGACUCAGAUCCAUGUUGCCCUGCAGCCGGGAAAUGGAAACGUCUGGUUUGAGGGGGUCCAUCUGCUGCCUCUGUUGCGCAAAGUUUUCAGCCUGCCUGACGGACCAGAGACGGACCUGCUGCAAUACCUGGACAGGCUCAUGGAGGCUCUCAACCUGCUGCGCUUCCUGGUUAUCAGGGACAAAGUGACGGAGAAUCAGACGGGAGUCUGGACGGAGCUUUAUAAAAUCGAGGACUCGUUCAUGAAGCCCCUGCGAGUUGGUUUGAACAUGUCCCGAGCGCACUACGAGCAGGAGCUGCGCAGCUGCAGCGAGCGCAGGAGGAACAAAGAAGAGCCUGUCCUGUCUGUGAGCGUCAGCAGCGAGAAGCUUCCACAGAUGACGCCGGACUCUCAGAUCCAGGCUCUGCACUCGGCCCUCCACACCUUCGACAUGAUGGAGAGCGUGCUGGCUCGGAUAGAAGAACUCACCGAGCUGAAGGAGGAUCUGUGAGCGGCAGUUCUUCAUCGUCCUCAUCCUGUGCUGUUUACUUUUCUAAUGUCAAUAAAGGUUUUCAUCGCUUUUAUAAUAAAUAUCUAAAUUUGAA